AUGGAGAGAGAAAACUUGAAGCGCUCUGAUGAGGAAGCUGAUACUCUGGCCCGUAGCACAAAGAAAUUCAAAGAUAGCCAUCAGGCAGCAAAUGAUAUGGAAGAUAAUUUACAUUACAAGGCAGGUAGCUACAGAGAUAAGUUGGUGGGAUCAAUCCCUGGAGCUUUUGGAUUUGCUUGUGACAUGCAAGAAGAUUUAGAGUCUGAUGAUGAAGAAGAACAAGCAGAAGAGGGCUGCCUCAGAGUGUGCUUCUCCAGGGAUGAAAAAUCCCAUAUGAGAGCACCCUGGCAUCAAGCACUCAUAAUCAAACCUUUUGGGCGAAAGGUGGGUUACACUUUCCUUGCUGCCAAGAUUCGGAGCAUGUGGAAUCCAAGGGGAGGAAUGGACUGCAUUGAUUUGGGAUUUGAUUUUUAUCUCAUUAAAUUUGAGAACAGAGAGGAUGUGGACAACAUUCUUAAGGGAGGCCCUUGGUUUACAGGGCAACACUUCCUUGCCAUUAGACAAUGGGAACUUGAAUUCCAUGCAUCUACAGCUACUCUCUCUUCAGUUGCAGUGUGGAUUAGGCUACCGGAAUUACCUAUAGAGUUCUAUGAGUAUAAUGCGUUGAUGAAGAUAGGCAGAGCUAUUGGUCCUGUUCUACGAAUUGAUGCUAACACUGCCAAUGGAGUUAGAGGGCAUUUUGCUCACCUAUGUGUCCAGGUUAACCUUGACAAACCUCUGCCUAAGUCCAUCUAUUUGGGGCGGCUGAAGUAG